AUGGCAUUCGCAGCUGUCAAUGCGGCUGCUGGCCCUAUUGUUGAGAUUGAAGAGGCCUUUGCGACCGAACCCUCUCUAAAACAACGAGUCUACGACGCGAUCGGCUCUACUCCUCACCAUGAACCCUUAUUUAAGGACCUUGCACGAUAUACCUCUUCCCUGCUGGCCAGGACCGCCCAUACCACAACCCUCCCAAUCGUGCCGCCACCCACCAACGGCCCUGCUACGAAAAAGCGCAAAAUAGAGAAUGGACAGCCGCCAGUGACUGUGCAAUUGGCUGCUGACUUGAAAGACUCUGAAGCCCCUGUGCAAUUUUAUGUGCAGGAUGUUUCAUUUGCUAUACCUCAGCGCAAGAAGCUCAUGCUUGAGAUAACCACCAGUGGUGGGCUUCGCGCAAGAAACCAGGCUACAAAAGAGAUUGAAUUUGGUAUCCCCAUGGAUCGAAUUCGUCAUGCCUUGUGCCUCCCUGUGCCGGAGAAGACACAGAAACAGUACAACUUUUGUAUUAUUCCCGAAUAUGCCGAUGGAAUUACACCACCGCCCGAGGGUAUACCUGGCUUAGAUUGUAUGGUUUUUACAGUGGCUGAUGGCCCAGCUAAGGCUGCAUUUUCUGGGUCGGGACAACAAGUUGGUCACAACGAGGGCGAAACCGCGGAAUCCUUGAUUCGCAAGAUGCUGAAUGAUACUAUGCCAAACACAAAUGUCGUGCGUCCCGAUGAGAGACAAUUUGUGAGCGCCACCCCCGAGGCCCACCGCAAGGGCGAGAAGGCCUACCAUGUCAAAGCCUUCCGGGGCAGUAAAGAAGGAUACCUCUUCCUCUUGUCAACUGGAAUUCUAUUCGCUUUCAAGAAGCCACUUUUAUUCUUUUCCUUCGACACGAUCGAAUCAGUUUCAUAUACGUCUGUUCUCCAGCGAACCUUUAAUCUGAAUUUCCUCGCCCGUCCGCGCAAUGGCACAGAGGAAGACCAGGUGGAAAUCGAAUUCCAGAUGAUCGAUCAGGCCGACUUUAGUGGGAUCGACACCUACAUUAAGCGACAUGGCCUGCAGGAUGCAAGCUUAGCCGAUGCCCGACGCGCGAAGGUGUAUAAUGUCAAUGCGGGCAAAAACCAGGAUGGAUCUGCUGCCGAGAACGGCGCUGAAGAAGAAGAGAGUGAACUACAAAAAGCUCAACGGGAGCUUGAAGAUGAAGAGGAAGAGGAUGAAGAAGACUAUGAUCCCGGAACUGACGGCGACAGUGAAGGAAGUGGCUCCGACGAAGAUGACAGCGACGAUGACGAUGACGACGACGAGGACGACGAGGAAGAAGAGGAUGGUGAACAGGAUGGUGAACAAGAUGGAGAUGGGGAUGAAGAUCUCAUCACUGAGAAACCUGAAAAUGAGGCCUAG